AUGCAGGUGAGCUGGUUAGUGCUGCUGAUGUACCGGAGCGCGGUGCUGCUGCUGCUGCAGGGCUGCUGUUUCAGCGCGGACACUGGAGGAUGGAAGGAGUUAAAGAACGACGCCACAGAGAUAAUCCCGGACUACACCGCGCAUCCCGAACCCCAAAUUCAAUCGAUUAACAACAACAACAACAACAACAACAUCAUCAACAAAAACAACAACACUAUGAACGAUGCCAAAAACGGAGGCAGGAGGCAGUCAGCAAAUACCCCUGCAUAUGAUGCCUCCGAGCUGAGCUGCCGGGAACUGCGCUCCACGCGCUACAUCACCGACGGUUCGUGUCGCAGUGCCAAGCCCGUAAAAGAGCUGGUGUGUUCAGGUCAGUGUCUCCCUGCUCACCUCAUGCCCAACUCCAUCCUCCGGAGCAAGUGGUGGCGUAGCAACUCUUCUGACUACCGCUGCAUUCCAGCCCACUAUCGGCUCCAACGCAUACAGCUCCAGUGCCCCAACGGCAACAGUCGGACAUACAAAAUUCGCGUGGUGACCUCCUGUAAAUGCAAGCGCUUCAGCCGCCACCACAACCAGUCAGAUGCCAAGGAGCAGUCUUCGCAAAAAACGAGACGCAACAAGAAACCCACACGUCUGCAGCAAGCACGAGGACGGAGCAGAGAGACGGCUCUCAGCAGCAACUCCUACUGA